AUGGCAUCUGUUGUUUACUUUCUAGAUAGUCGAGGAAGACCACUACUGCAUCGAGAUUACAAGUGGGAUAUUCCUACGAGUGCGGUGGAGAAAUUCCCUAUUCUUUUACUAAAGAAUUCUAAAAGCACAAAUGUGGAAGCCGAUUCAGGAUUGGAUGAUGGUGCCACAGCUCCAGUAUUCAAUGACGAUGGUAUCAAUUAUAUAUAUUUAACACACAAGAAUUUAUACAUACUGGCCAUGACAAGGGAAGAUGCAAAUGUUUUUGCUGUUUUAUGCUAUCUUCACUCCCUUGUUCGAGUUCUUGAGGGAUAUAUGAAAUCAUUGGAGGAAGAGUCGAUCAGAGACAAUUUCUCUAUAAUAUAUGAGCUUUUGGAUGAGAUGAUGGACUUUGGUGUGCCCCAAAUCACAGAUCAAAAGAUUUUGAAGGAAUACAUAACACAGGAGUCAUUUACCUUGAAGACAAUGCUUAGACCAUCCGGUAGUAAAAAGAGACCUGGUGCUACUACUGUCUUUAAGCAACGCGUUGCUCCUAUAGCAGUGACCAAUGCUAUUAGUUGGAGGUCACCGGGAAUAAAGCAUAAGAAAAACGAGGCAUACUUGGAUGUCAUCGAAUCCAUUGAUAUGCUUGUGAACUCAAGAAAUCAACUGUUGAGCUCAGAGAUACACGGUACAAUUCAGUUGAAAUCAUUUCUUUCUGGAAUGCCCGAGCUUGUGUUGGGUCUAAACGAGCGGUUUAUGAACAGUUGUAUUGACAGCAUUAAAGGUAAUGAUACAAACUCAAGAGCGAAAAUUGCUGGCAAAAAACCAAUCGAGGUUGAAGAUGUCAAAUUUCACCAAUGCGUUCGGCUAGGAAAGAUCGAAGCAGACAAAAUGAUAUCCUUUAUUCCGCCAGACGGAGAAUGUACGUUGAUGACGUAUAGAGUUCAUUCUCCCACCUUAAAGCCACUAUUUCUUAUUGAUUACAAGAUGCGGAAUCAUUCAAACACCAGAUUGGAAAUAAUGGUGAAAGUUAAAGCCAAUUUUAAGCCUCGAAUUUCGGCCAGACGACUCCAGAUUAGAAUCCCUGUUCCUCGUGAUAUUGAUUCACCAAAGUAUCAUUACAAUAAAGGUAACUUGAAGUAUUUGCCAAACGAAUCCGCCGUUUUAUGGAAAAUACACAAAAUUGAUGGCGGAAAGGAAUACGUGAUGAUAGCUGAAUUGAUGCUUCCGACAGUUACUGAUGAUACGGAUUUGGAGAAGUUUAGAAAAAUUCCAUUGAACCUUAAAUUCGAAAUGCAAGGUUUCGUCACCAGCGGCUUACAGGUGAAAUAUUUGAAGAUCCGUGAGCCUAAGCUUAAUUAUCAGAGUUAUCCAUAUGUUAGAUACAUUACAAAGAGCAGUGAUCAUUAUGAUGUGAGAGUGAAAUGA